GAAGUGACAGGUCGGUUUCAUCACGAAUAAAGACAUCUCUGUGCGUAAGGAAACAGUAGUCCACUUAUAUUAGACACUGGCAGGUAGAGACAGGGCACAAUGGCUCGUUUCAGGUGGACUCAAAUCGCACUGUUUCUGAUGCUGCUUCAUUUGAAAGCUAUAACUGGACAAAUUCGCCCCAUCACUGUCAGAGAUGGAGAUGAGGUCACUUUGACUUGUGAAAAUGUGAUACAGGAUCAGGAUGAAUGUAACCGUACCACCUGGAUCUUCAUUUAUGUUGCCUCACCAAAAGUAGAGUUGGUUACACUGGGGCAGAUUGGUGAACAAGCCAAAGAUAAAUCAGACAGACUGAGUGUUACAGCGAACUGUUCUCUGGUUAUAAAGAAUGUCACAUUUGAGGAUGCUGGUCAAUACAACUGCAGACAGGUUGCACCAAUACGGCCUCAAAACUAUUAUCUAUAUCUGUUUGUUAUCAACAUGACUGAACAUAAGGACAAUGAUGAGGUGUUGUUGUCGUGCUCUGUAUCAACAUUUGGAUUGUGUAGACACACAGUGGAUUGGCUGUACAAGGGGAAACGUGUGGCUGAAGACAAAAAAGACAUCAGGAUAUCACAUUCUGACUGCUCGGCUACUGUGACAUUUCUCACCUCUUAUCUCAAGCAUCAAGCAAGCAAUUAUCACAAGUUGUUUAAAUGUGAAGCACAUCAUCAUUACAUUGGAAAAGCGCAACUGUUUACCUUCAGCCCUCAGUCCUCAGUUGAGGAUGCAACAACAACGAUAUCAGCAGAAGCACCACCAACAACACCAACAACAACAACACAAGAGGCUCGUACAGAUUGGUCUGUUCUGAACUACAUAAUGUUGGUUAUGCGUGUGGCUGAACUCCUCCUAAUUACUGUGAUUACUGUUCUUCUCAUCAGAGCUCGAGAGAACCAGAGACCACCUGAUGACAGCACUGUUUUAAACUCAGUAAAGAGCCAAGCAGUGAGGAGUUCAGGUGCAGCAGCCAGUCAGUUGCAUCGUGAUGAAGAUGGACAUGAUGGCACAGUGAACUAUGAAAACGUUGUAGAGCCUUCUGCUUCUGUCAGACUCAACAACUUCCACACCAACAUCAACUCACCAGAGAAAUGAGUCCACUGCUGUUAAAUGUUUAUUCACGGCAUUAUUUUACAUAAGACCAUGAAUCCUAAUUUCAUUUUAAGGUUUUAGAUGAGGUAUUGGUUAUUGUAUUGAUGCAGGAAAAAAAAGUGGAUGUUUUGUUAAGUCGAUUCUCACUUGCAGCCAGAUAUUAAAGCCCUGAUUUUAGGUCCAGUGUGUAGGAUUUAGUGGCAUCUUGCUGUCAAGUUGCAGACUGAAUCUCACUCGCGUCACCUUCCACUUCCAAGCUCGAGGGAGAAACUGUUGUGGUCGCAGAAACCGUGAACGGCCCUAUCUAGAGCCUGUGUUUGGUUUGUUUGUUCUGGGCAACAGGGCGGCAUCCAUGGAAGGCAACUGUAGAUAAAAACGGUUCAUUCUUAAGCCAAAAAAACACAAUGAUGCUUAUUAUUUUAGGCGAUUAUACACUAUUAAAAAACAUACCUAUGAAUAUGAUAUUCAAUUUCUGCCAAUAGAUCCUCCUAAAUGUUACACACUGGACCUUUAAGAAGCUUGCUGUACAUUCAGCCUUCGUAGGACCAGCUUGUUUUCUUCCCCUGAGAAGUAUGCUUUACAUUUGAUGGUGAUUUUUUUGUAGACUGAUCUAUUCUCUGAAUAUGAAUGCGAGUACGUAACAAAAAAGUAACAUUAAAAAAAGCUACAAAAAGGACAUUUUAGACAACUCUUAUUCAUAUUCUUCUCUUGUGUGAAUAAAUCAAAUCUUUUUUGCGUAUUCUUUUGAGAUUCAGGCAAGUGAGACACUAAAACACUGAUAAUGAAAUGUGACUUCAAGGCAAAUAACGAUUUGAAAUGAAAUCUAAUCAUCACUGAAGACUUGAUAUUGAAAUAUUACUGAGUUAAUUGCACUGAAGGAUUUAAGUUUGCAAACCAUACAUCUGAAUGUACGUUCUCUCUUUGAAACUUUCACUCGUCAAUUACAAUUUGAAAGCCAUCAGAUCGUUUGACUUGACUUUUUAGAUCUUGAUGAAUUUGUGCAAUUUGAAUGGUUUUGUAUACCUGGUAUGUUGAUGGAAUUUGUGAAUCCUUAAAAAUAUACAUACAUAUAUCCUCGAAAUAAAGUUUUUGAAAUUUCACCACAUUAAA